CGGAGUAUCUCCCAUAGACUCCGUCAUGUCCUCAUUCAAUGUUUUGGGCUGAAAUCUUUACAUAUUAGUAAGCACAGAAAUUUGUAUUUGGAAGACGAAAUUAGCAAUUCAAAUGAUGAUGAUCCGAUCUAGGGCCGCCGUCUCUGUUUGGAUUUCUCUCCACUCAUUCAUUUUCCUGCUUUCGAUUUCAUUGAUUCCUCGUGAAGCUUCGAGCUCGAAUCCAAUCAUCUCUUCUGCAAAAGCGAAACAGGUCUCAUGGAAACCCAGAGCAUUUGUGUACGAAGGUUUCCUUACCGAUGAAGAAUGUGAUCAUUUAAUAUCCAUUGCGAAAUCGGAGCUCAAGAGGUCGGCUGUUGCAGAUAAUUUGUCGGGGAAAAGCAAGCUCAGCGAAGUUCGAACUAGCUCAGGAAUGUUCAUCAGCAAAGGAAAGGAUCUCAUUAUUUCUGGUAUUGAGGACAAGAUUGCAGCAUGGACUUUUCUUCCAAAAGAGAAUGGAGAAGACAUACAAGUACUGCGGUAUGAGCAUGGACAGAAAUACGACCCACACUAUGAUUACUUUGCCGAUGAGGUUAAUAUUGCUAGGGGUGGGCACCGUGUUGCCACUGUACUUAUGUACCUAACGGACGUUGCAAAAGGUGGUGAAACAGUAUUUCCCACAGCUGAGGAGUCUCACCAUCGUGGAUCAUCUCAAAAAGAAGUUGAUUUGUCAGAUUGUGCAAAGAAGGGAAUUGCAGUGAAACCUCGAAGAGGGGAUGCACUUCUGUUCUUCAGUCUCCUUCCAAAUGGUACUCCAGACCAGAUCAGUCUCCAUGCAGGAUGCCCAGUAAUUGAAGGUGAGAAAUGGUCUGCGACAAAGUGGAUACAUGUGGACUCCUUUGAUAAGAACUUGGGAGCUGGUGGGAAUUGCACGGAUGAUAAUGAAAGUUGUGAGAGAUGGGCCGCUCUUGGAGAAUGCACAAAGAACCCAGAGUAUAUGGUUGGAUCUCCAGAUCUUCCAGGUUCUUGCAGGAGGAGUUGUAAAGUGUGUUAAGACAUUCAACUUACUGUUAAUGCAUGGAAUCAUUUGCUUUAUACAGUCAUUAUGUGCUUUCCCACACGGAUCCAUGUAGCCGACCCCAUUUAAUUGGGAUAAGGCUGAGAUGUGUAGUCAUUAUGUGCUUUCAUGGUGUGUCCUAAUGUGGCUGGAUUGAGUUCACUUUGUUGUUGUAAAAAAAUUUCAGUGCUAAUUAUUCUUUGUUUUGGUAUA